AUGUCCACCCCCGUAGUGCUCGAACCCCAAGAUCUCACUCGCGAUUCCGCCUUCAAGAAAGCGCUGCAUGGCCAGACAGGCCAGACCGAUAGAUCCUUCAUAAACCUGAUACACAAAGACAAGAACGCGCAGAAGCUAGCCGUGGAUCAAUACUUCAAGCAUUGGGAUAACAAAGUCGCCAAGGACGAAACAUCGCUGGAUCGUGAUGCGAGACGGAAGGACUAUGCUACGCUCACUCGACACUACUAUGAUCUCGCAACCGAUCUCUACGAAUAUGGAUGGUCCCAAAGUUUCCACUUCUGCCGCUUCACCCCCGGCGAGCCCUUAAAGCAAGCUCUCGCCCGACACGAGCACUAUCUCGCCCUAAAAAUCGGUCUUCAACAAGACCAGCUCGUGCUCGACGUCGGCUGCGGCGUCGGGGGGCCCGCCCGCGAAAUCGCAAAGUUCACCGGCUGCAAAAUCGUCGGGCUGAACAAUAACGACUACCAAAUCGAGCGCGCGACACGCUACGCGCGGCAACGGGGACUGGACCAUCGAGUCAGUUUCACCAAAGGCGAUUUCAUGCAAAUGAGUUAUCCGGAUGACAGUUUUUGA